AUGGUGCAUUUGAAGCCCGGGUGGAACUGCAGCUACCUGGCUGGACAAAGCGAGCCGGCCUCGCUUUCAAUGCUGCGCAACGAAGCCGAGGCCAUUCUUGUUCUUGUGGACCCUUCCAACUCUUCACGAGAGGUUGCCUUGCAAGCCACGAGCUCGUCCGCAACCGAUCUGAGCGUCUCUGUAUCAGCAGUCGGGUGGAUCUUUACGAAUCACACGUCCCGCUACUCCCCAUCGGGUGGAGGCUGGCGUUCCGAUCCCCUCUUGCCUCUAGACAAUGGCAGGUGGUCGAUGCGGCAGUGCCCGCGCUCAAUGCAUCUCGUAUCGGCACCGCAUGGUCUGGGACUUGGUCUGAUGCGGUUUGUGCCCAGCCGCCAUGUCUGCAAUGAUCACUCUUGCUUGAGCCUCGUGCGCCAUCUAGGCUUUGAUGGCAUCAUUGCUGACCGCUGGUCCAUGCCGUCACGCAACUUUUCCGACUUUGCCUACCUCAAGGAUCGAGGCGUCCGCCAUUAUGCCGUCCUGAACAUCAAUCAUGAGCUGUCAGGCGUGCCCCAGGAAACUGGAUAUCACAUCAAGCUGAAGGGUGAUUGCCCUUCGGUGACAGACGCGGAUGUGCAGCGGGCGUUGGCAGACAUCGAAAGCCUUUUGAAUGAAUUGCGCGCCGCAGGAGCCGCCGACCCGGCCUAUAUUUACGGUUGGGAUGAAAGUCCGGCGUCGUGCGAGCCCGAGAUUCGCAAAAUGUACGGCGCCAUCAAGGCGCAAUUUCCUGACCUGCCACUCGUCGCCACGUUGAACUGGAAACCGAUGCCGGUGGAUCUCCCCGUGGAUGUGUGGGUGCUGCAGUACGAGUACUUUGAGGCUUCGGCAGCGAAAGCCUGGGUGGCGGCGGGCAAGCAACAGUGGCAGUACCACUGCAUCGAGCCGUCGUCAUCCGGCUAUCUGAAUACCUUUAUCGAGCAUGACCUGGUGGAGGCGCGACUACUCAUGUGGUUGGCAGCCGCCAACGAGCUGGAGUACCAAGCACCGACGGGUUGGCUGUCGUUCACCGACUUCCCGGCCGCCAACUACAUCUGGAGCCCUCGAACAGACAUCUUUGCCAACGGAGACGGUUAUUUCAUGUGCGUCGGGGCGAGUCCCAGCGGCCGCUUGGUGGGGGCGGGGAGCAAGUGCAAGGGCCAAGCACCUCACUUAACCAUGCCAACAUCCCUUCUCCACUCUUUCGAAUGUAGGUAUCCAGGAGAGGCGGGACCGUUGCGCAGUAUGCGCUUGGCGGCUUUGCGGGAUGGGCUUGAAGACUGGGAGUUUUUCCAGCAGAACAAGGACACUCUGGCAAGCUUGCGCACCAUUGUGCGGGGCCCAACCGACUUUAACUCGGUGCGUGCCACAAACGAGUCGCUGCUUGCAUUCACGCACCAGACGAGGGCUCGUUCAGACGCUCACUCGCGCGCUGGACCACCCUGCAGUCUGUGGCCGAGGUCCUCGGCGUACGAGAGCAAUUGUUGGCGCAAUUUGGAAACAUAA